AUGCGCCCCUGCUUCGCCCCGCUCGCCGCCGUGCUUGAGCGGCCGUGCUCCGCCCCGCUCCCCGCCCCUGCUCCGCCAGGCUCGCCGCUCUCAGGGUCCUCGCGUCGCUUCGUAUCCCGGAGCAGGAGCUGGUCCGGUGGUGCUCUUCGAGCGGUGGUUGAAGGCCGCCGGUGGUGUCGGAGCCGCGAGCCUCCUCCUCCCCGCGCCGCGAUAGCCGGUGCGCGCCCUCCCCCGUCCGCUACGACGCCUCUCCCCCCGCAGCAUCCGCAGUCCGCACCCGCCGUAAAUCUCGAGCUCCCGGCCGCCUCGCUCGCCGCCAAUGCAUUGCCACGGCGCGGCCACGCGAGUUGCGGGCGUGGCGGCGGGACGCAGGCGUGGGCAGGCGACGCGAGCUAUGCGCAGGCGGGCUGCGGCAGGACGCGGGCGGCAGGCGACGCGAGCUACGCGCAGGCGGGCUGCGGCAGGACGCGAGCGGCAGGCGACGCGAGCUACGCGCAGGCGGGCUGCGGUGGCCGCGGCAGGAGCCGCAGGACGGGGGCGCGGCAGGAAGCGGGCGCGACGGCGGGCGUGGCAGACGCGGGCACGGCUGUCGCAGCGGGAAACGGGCGCGGCGGCCGCGGCCUGACGCGGGAGCGGGCGAGUGCGACCGCGGGACAUGGGCGCGGGCGCGACGGCGGGAGGCCAUGGCAAGACGCGGGCGCGAUGCCGGGUGCGGCUGGAGCCCGGAGCUUGUGUCGACGAGCAGCUCAGGGCGGUGGCCCGUCAGGUGUUUGA